GUUUUUUGAAUUGAUGACGUCAUCAGUUUAUGUUUAGCGAGCUAAGAAAUUACGAAAUUCCCAAAUCGUAGCAGCACGCUGGUUUUUGUACAAAUAAUUGUACGUUUGCUUAUUAAUGUUAAUCUGCAAAGAUUACAGACUAGUUUAUAUAGCGGUAAAAGUGUUAACAGAACAAUAUCAGCUGUGAAAAGUCGUAAAGACAUAAGACGUUCGAUUACGUUUUUGGCGGCAUCGCACGAAGCAGAAAUAGAUUUCCUUGUGCAAUAUCGGUGUGCAGCAAAGGUUGUGGACUAAUUAUCAUUUUGACCGGUUUUUGGAAAUGGGUCACGGUUUGUGAGAAGAUGAGUUUAGAAACGUGAUAAGUUUGAAGUUGUGGUGUUGAAAAGGUUCAUGCUGUAAUGGAGAACCCUUCGGUUACUGGAUUGCGGUCAAGGUCGCGUUCGAAAACACCCUUUUUGCGGUCAAGCUGUGACCGGGAGAAUUGUGUUGAAGGCGACGAUCACACGCACCACAAGUCUGGAAGAAAAACGCCGAUAAAACGAAGCACGCCAGUCAAGCAGCUAAACCAAGGCAGCAGCAGGUCAGCGGCGGAGCCCAUCAGUGAAGAAGAGGAACAUGUGUCGCCCCCGGCGCACCGCACGAGACAGUCUGCCAGGGUCACGGAGAAGGUCAAGACCUCCGACUACUCUUCAGAGGAGAGCCUCGACCGCCUGCGAGCCAGCCGGAAGGAGAUUUUACAGAAUGAGCUGAACAGACAGUAUGAGCGCGUGUCGACGUCGACAUCGCAACGCACCACAUCGUACAGCACGCUCGCUGACGUCACGCUCAGCCCGAUACACAGUGGGCACAAUGUGACGCACGACCGGUCCCUGCGGUUCGGCAGCCCGGCGUACAGCGCGUGCUCGACCGACAGCUCGUUCGCGGAGCAGGCGCUGGCCGACGCGAGCGCUCUGCUGGACCGCGACCCCGCCGCCGACCACCUGCCCUCCAAGCUGUACAGGAUGGCCGGCGAGUACUGGAACAAGUACCCGAAGACGGACUACACGUACUCGCCGCUGUCCAAGGACCGCGUGGAGCUGGCCCCGGGGCAGGUGGCCGUGCCCAACAUGUCGCGGCGCUCGCUGUCGCAGUUCCGAGUUCAGGGCCCUAACACCACCCCGGAGGAACUGCAGCACCUCGCGUAUACUACCACCACCACGCGCAAGCGGUUCACGUCAAUAGACAGUUCAGACGAUGAGAGCUACAUCCGUCCCAACGGCGGGUACCCGCAAGUGGAGCAGCGGUGGUGGAUCACCCGCCUGCUGGUUGCCAUGGUUACCACCAUCACCUCGUCAGUGUCCAGCGCGUAUCGUAAGGUCGUCGGGCCGUCGCAUCGGUACCCUUACACUGAGAGACGACCAGCUCAAGCAAGCCUAGCGUCGCGGACGGCGGCGGCGGUGGCGGCGCCGUUCGUGUGGAUCUACACCGUCAUCAAGAAAGUGGUCACCACCACAGUUACCACCGUCACUGAAACAAUAACUCCGAACCACGUGAGUGAGCGAGCGAGCGAGAAGUACGUCGCGCGCAGCUACCAGGAAGCCAGCAAGCGACGUUGGUGGCCAUGGUUACUGCUACUGCUGCUCCCUAUAGUCGGCUAUGGAUGUUACAACUACGCGGAUCAAAUCCUACCUCAAGAGCAAAUAGUAGACUCAUACAAAUCUCCAGUUAUAGUCCAAGACCCAGACUUGUCCAAACGUAUGGAAGCGUUGGAAACCUGGGCGGUGAACGUUGACACGCGGCUGAAGUUCUUCGACCAGAAGUUGUCCAAAUUCGAUAACCUAGAAGCCCAAAUCGAACAUUACUCUCUGAAACAUCUCCAAAACAAUUUGAUUCAGAUAUUCAACAUGGCCGAUAACAGUGAUGCUAUAGCUUUAAAGUUGAAAGGGUACUUCGACCAGCAUUACAUGACUAAGGACCAGAUGCAAGCGAUGAGUAUUGAGAUUCACGAGAAGUUGAUAUCAUCGUGGAAGCCAGAUUUGGACGAGGAUAGGAUACGUCAAUUGAUUCAGGAGUAUCUUGGAGUGUUUGAGCGGAGACAGAUGGAGUUGAUAUUGGAGCGAGUGCGGGAGUACGUGAAGGAGAUCGAAGUGAGGCACGUGGAGGCAGGGUUUGACGUGGAGGCGGUUAAGAAGAUCGUCGCUGGGAUGUUGAACGUGUAUGACGCUGACAAGACUGGGCUCGUGGACUACGCGUUGGAAUCUGCCGGUGGCCAAGUGGUGUCGACGAAGUGCACAGAGUUGUACCAGAUCAAGACGAAGCAGUACUCCAUACUGGGCCUGCCGGUGUGGUGGGUGUACACGUCCCCCCGGUACGCGCUCACGCCCGGCGCCAUGCCCGCCGAGUGCUGGGCCUUCCAGGGGUUCCCGGGGUACUUAGUAAUCCGCCUGUACGCGAUCGUGGAGGUGACUGGCUUCUCGCUGGAGCACAUGUCGCGCCUGCUCGCGGUCGACGGCAAGAUUGAGUCCGCGCCCAAGAACUUCUCCGUCUAUGGCCUUCACGGCGAACUGGACCCUGAGCCACAUCUGUUCGGCAACUACAUGUACGACGCAAACGGAACGGCAAUACAGCACUUCCCGAUCCAGUACCCAAAGAUGACGAAUAUAGGCGGCGUUGAGUACCCCGUCGCCUACGACAUCGUCGAGCUGAGGGUCGAGAGCAACCACGGCAACCCCACCUACACCUGCGUCUACAGAUUCAGAGUCCAUGGCAACCCACUGUCAGACAUCAGACAAGCCACAGAGGACAGCAUCAAGGAAAGUGAAUCGUAGCAUACAAUCAUAUCGAGAGACACUAUAUAAAAAAAACCUUGUGACUUGAGUGAAUUGUGCAGUGUGAAAUUGACUCUAAAAUCGUCCAGUACAUGUUGUGUUCAAUUAGAUAAAAGAUUGGAUAGUGAUCAUUCCUAGAGUUACGUAGCUCUUAAGACGUGCGCGCCGUGGCCUUGUAGGUUAAACUUACUAACGUAGCUUAAAUGGUCCAAAGUACAAAUCUAUUUGUUAUGAUAAUGACAUAUUUUCGUGCUUGCACCACUGAAUUGUUUUAGUUGAACAAUCUCGUUGUAAUACACCGCACAAUACCAGAUUUAAAUACGCUUAGUUGUUCUGAAUUCUUUUUAUCGCUAUUUAUAAUUUGAUAAUUGAUAUGUAGGUUUUUAAUGUAUUUUAAAUUUUGAUUACAAAUUAAGGUUUUGAUUGUAUUUUUAUUAAGGUUUUUGUAAAGGCGUGAGUUAGGAAUUAAAGGAUAUUCGCGAUAAAUAUAGUAUAUUGAUAAAUGACUUAAAAUUAUCAUUUCUCAAAAAAAUCAAAGUGAAAAUGUACAAGUAAGUUUAUUUUUUGGAAUUACGACAAUACUCCUUUAAUUUUUAAUUCAACACUAAAAUAAUUAGAAUCGAAAUAAUAGGCUUAGUGAAGGAGCUAGUCCCGUUAGAUGUUAAUAAAUUUUAUGUCAACUUAACGUUAAGUGUUUUUAGUUGUCUCAGUGUUGAACUAAUUUAGUUUAUAGAGGCAGCCCAACGUCCUACUAACAUUAAAGAUCUUGGUAGUUGUAAA